UCUCAUUCAAUGAAUACUCAAACUUCUUAUAAAUCACCACUCUGCCUGCCCUCUCUCCUUCUUCAAUGGAACAACAAUGAGAAUGAGAUGCACUUAUAAUUUGCUCAUCAACAACAAUUAAUCAAUCAAUCAAUCACAACACACAGAGAGAUACAGAAAGAUGAAGUUCGGGAGGGAGCUAGCUUCCCAAAUGGUCCAGGAAUGGCAGGCAGCAUACAUGGACUACCAAGGCCUCAAGACGCUGCUGAAAAACCACAUCGCAUUCCGGAAGAACACCGCCUCGCCGCCGCCGCCGCCGGAGGUGUCGCGGUCGCGCUCGCUGAAGCGGAGGCUCACAAUGUACAGAGCCUUCAGCGGCCUCAACAACCUCAGAGGCUCCCCGAAGAAGGCCGACGACGAGGUCAUACUAGUGAGCUCCGUGCAGCAGGAAGGAUCCGAUCAGAGCUAUUACCAGACGAUGUUCCUCCGCUCGUCCGAGGAGGGCGGACAGAUCGAGCUCGAGUUCUUCAGGAAGCUCGAUCAUGAGUUUAACAAGGUGGUUACGUUUUACUCGGAGAAGGUCGAGCAAGUGAAGGUGGAGGCGGAGGAGCUCACUAAGCAAAUGGAUGCGUUAAUUGCUUUGAGGAUUAUAGUCGAUAAGCCUCCCACGGUUGCGGCUCAGUUCAGCGCGGCUCCAGCUACCGUCGUUGCUUCUGUCAAUGGAGCCAAACAAGGUGGAUUGCAGCUGUAUGCGAUUCAGGAAGUUGAGAUGAGCUCCGAAGGCGGGGAUGGGGACGGAGAGGUGAGGGCUAAGAGAAACAGGGCUUUUAGGCCUGCUUCUUUGGAAGUGUUGGAUCAUGUAAAGAUCAACGUCGAACCGGAUACUCCAGUUUCGACCUUGAGAACUAUAGUUGGGAGUUCCAAAUCGGAUUUAUCGUUCAGCAAGGAUGAGCUGACGAAGGCGGAAGUGCAGCUGAGACAGGCCUUGACUGAAUUUUACCAGCAGCUAAGGUUGCUCAAAAGCUACUGUUUCAUGAAUGUGCUUGCCUUCUCCAAGAUAAUGAAGAAGUAUGACAAGAUCACCUCGAGGAGUGCUUCCAAAGCUUACCUAGAAAUGGUGGACAAUUCUUAUCUUGGCACCUCUGAUGAGGUGAACAAGCUCAUAGAAAGAAUAGAAGCCACAUUCAUCAAGUACUUUGCAAAUGGAAAUCGUAGGAAAGGGAUGAAAUCUUUGAAGCCCGGGCAUAAAAGGGAGAAGCACAGAACAACAUUCUUCCUUGGUCUGUUUACUGGUUGCUCGAUAGCACUUGUUGUUGCCAUUAUGGUCAGUCUGCAUGGCCGUGCUCUCCUGGAGCAGGAGGAACGGACAAAAUACAUGCAAUCCAUAUUUCCACUCUAUAGCUUGUUUGGUUUCAUUGUCCUGCACAUGCUCUUGUAUGGAGCAGACACUUUUUUCUGGAGGCGAUAUCGGGUGAACUACCCCUUUAUAUUUGGAUUCAAACCAGGAACAGAACUAGGCUUUAGAGAAGUCCUCCUCCUUGCUUCUGGCCUAUCUGUACUCUCAUUGGCAGCUGCGCUUUCAAACCUCGACAUGGAGAUGGAGCCAUAUACAAAAGAAUAUAGUACUCUAACGGAAUUGGUUCCAUUAACCUUAGUCUGUGCUGUGUUUGUUAUAACCAUCUGCCCAUUGAACAUAAUAUAUCGUUCAAGCCGUUAUUUUCUCAUACACUGUGCAUGGCAUUGUGUCUGUGCUCCACUUUACAAGGUCACUCUUCCGGAUUUCUUCUUGGCAGAUCAGUUAACAAGUCAGGUGCAAGCUUUCAGAUGUUUGCUCUUUUAUGCCUACUACUACUUUUCGGGAGAUUUCACAACGCGGACAAAUAAUUUCCUGAAGGACAGCAACUCCUACGAUAUUCUGUACAUUGUUGUUGCCAUCAUCCCAUUCUGGUCGCGUUUAAUUCAGAGCCUUCGUCGCUUAAUUGAGGAGAAAGAUCGCAGUCAAGGUGCCAAUGCCUUUAAGUAUUUCUCAACUAUUGUGGCGCUUGUGAUAAGGACAAUACUUAGUCAAAAGCAAAAGCAAAAGGCACCUAGCAUCAUGUUUUGGAGAAUUAUGGCAUUAUCAACGUCAGGAUUUACAACAAUUUUCAACACAUACUGGGAUAUCGUCAUCGAUUGGGGCCUUCUGCAAAAGAAUUCAAGAAAUCCAUGGCUGAGAGACAAGCUGCUGAUUUCUAACAAGGCUGUAUACUUUGUUGCCAUUGUAGUAAACAUCCUUCUGAGGCUAGUAUGGAUGCAGCUUGUUCUUGAUUUUCAAAUUUCAUUCCUCCACGAAAAGGGCAUGGUUGCACUCAUUGCCUGCUUAGAGAUCCUGCGUCGUGGCAUUUGGAACUUCUUUAGGGUGCAGAAUGAACACUUCAGCAACGUUGGAAAAUAUCGAGCUUUCAAGACAGUGCCAUUGCCGUUUCACUACGAAGAUGAGAAGAUCAUGUGAUAAAAAAAAUUCAUUUUUUUUGCUUUCUUUCAAAUUCUUUAAAAACGACUGAGAGUUGUACAGGCAAAUUUGGUUAUUGUUUGUGUGUAGAAAUCUUCAUGUGAUCGAGUUAAUAGUACUCGAAAUUUUGUGUACAAUAAGAUCACUAAAUGAAUGUAAGUUGAAUCAAAUUUGUUACUA